UUUCUCAAGUUUACAACUUCACAUUGUACUGACAACAUAAGAGGUCAUAAUAGUAAAUAAGUCUUUACAAAGCAGAGUCUGGAAGCAUUUCCUGCACUUCCACAAAGAAGAGCACAUUUGUUUUCCAAACUUGAAGGAAAUGGCAAGCGCUCUCUUGUCAGCUCCUUGUUUUUUCUCUCCCAAAAAUAAAGAACUUGGCGGAUUUGUGAGCAGCUUUAGGAGUCCUAAUACUGGCAGUCUAUUACACAAUCAUAGUUUUCUGAUGACAAAGUAUGGUGGAUCACUUGUGGUGACCUCAGUGUUUGGAAGGAAAGUGAAGACCACCAGAGAGACUGUGAUACCUGAGCCGGAUUACCGGAUUCCAAUUGUGCUACUAGGUCUAUCUGGUGGGUUAGCAUAUACAAACAAUCUUUUACCAGCUGCUCCGGUUGGUCUCCUUGGAUUACUGCUAUUGUUUCAGACUACAAGAGUUAGAUUUGUCUUCGAUGACGAGGCUCUGGAAGUAAAAGUAGGGGAGGAGCUUGAGACUUCUGGUGAAAAUGUCUUCGUGGGUGGUAAAAACCGUUGGAAAUACUCAUCAUUUGUGAACUGGGAGCUUUGGUGGCCAAAUUUCCCCAUUCUGGUGUAUUUCAAAGAGACUCAGACAAAGUCUGAAGGGCAAGUCCACUUCUUUCCGGUGAUAUUUAAUGGGAAGCAACUUUAUGAUGUCAUGGUGGAGAGAGCUGGUCCUUCCCAAACUAGCGGGCCAAAAUAAUAUUCACGGCAGAGCAUGCGGUUUCUGUUAUUGAAUUGUGGUACUGAUAGGAGUGAUAGCAAAACCAUUUGAGGUGACAGUGCGCAUUUUUCUGUGAACUUAUGCUUAGCAUACCUUACUCUUGUGCUCAAACUUGGCCUGUAUACUUUUGAACUUUCAAUUCUAUAAGAUGUCUGUAUAUGAUUGAUAGCUUCAAGGAAUUCCUUCACCGUCUAUAGUU